ACGUGUGCCCCAACAUGAUCGCGGCGCAGGCCAAGCUGGUGUACCAGCUGAACAAGUACUACACGGAGCGGUGCCAGGCGCGCAAGGCGGCCAUCGCCAAGACCAUACGCGAGGUCUGCAAGGUGGUGUCGGACGUGCUGAAGGAGGUGGAGGUGCAGGAGCCGCGCUUCAUCAGCUCGCUGAGCGAGAUCGACGCGCGCUACGAAGGGCUGGAGGUCAUCUCGCCCACCGAGUUCGAGGUGGUGCUCUACCUCAACCAGAUGGGCGUCUUCAACUUCGUCGACGACGGCUCGCUGCCGGGCUGCGCCGUGCUCAAGCUGAGCGACGGCCGCAAGCGCAGCAUGUCGCUCUGGGUGGAGUUCAUCACGGCCUCGGGCUACCUGUCGGCGCGCAAGAUCCGCUCGCGCUUCCAGACGCUGGUGGCCCAGGCGGUGGACAAGUGCAGCUACCGCGACGUGGUCAAGAUGAUCGCCGACACCAGCGAGGUCAAGCUGCGCAUCCGCGAGCGCUACGUGGUGCAGAUCACGCCCGCCUUCAAGUGCACGGGCAUCUGGCCGCGCAGCGCGGCGCAGUGGCCGCUGCCGCACAUCCCAUGGCCCGGGCCCAACCGCGUGGCCGAGGUCAAGGCCGAGGGCUUCAACCUGCUCUCCAAGGAGUGCUACUCGCUGACGGGCAAGCAGAGCUCAGCGGAGAGCGACGCAUGGGUGCUGCAGUUCGGCGAGGCCGAGAACCGCCUGCUGCUGGGCGGCUGCCGCAACAAGUGCCUGUCGGUGCUCAAGACGCUGCGCGACCGGCACCUCGAGCUGCCCGGCCAGCCGCUCAACAACUACCACAUGAAGACGCUGCUGCUCUACGAGUGCGAGAAGCACCCGCGGGAGACCGACUGGGACGAGGCGUGCCUGGGCGACCGCCUCAACGGCAUCCUGCUGCAGCUCAUCUCGUGCCUGCAGUGCCGCCGCUGCCCGCACUACUUCCUGCCCAACCUCGACCUCUUUCAGGGCAAGCCCCACUCGGCCCUCGAGAGCGCCGCCAAGCAGACCUGGCGCCUGGCCAGGGAGAUCCUCACCAACCCCAAAAGCCUCGACAAGCUAUAG